UUAAGCUAGUUAGCUAUGGAGUCGGGAUCCAUCUGGGUGGUCCUAGCAGUCAUGUUUGGUGGAUUAGGGGUUGGGAAAUGGAUUCUAAAGAAAGUGAAUUGGUGGUGGUAUGAAGCCGAACUGGGUGAAAAGCAAUACUCAUUACCUCCAGGGGAUUUGGGUUGGCCUUUCAUUGGCAAUAUGUGGUCCUUUCUCAGAGCUUUCAAGUUUAGCGAUCCUGAUUCUUUCAUGCGUACCUUCAUCAACAAAUAUGGACAUAAUGGAAUCUACAAGGCCUUCAUGUUUGGGAAUCCGAGUAUAUUUGUAACAACACCUGAAGCAUGCAGAAAAGUAUUAAGUAACGAUGAUGCAUUUAAGCCCGGAUGGCCAAUUUCCACACUAAAGCUUGUCGGAAGGAAAUCCUUCAUUGGUAUUUCUUACGAAGAGCACAAGCACCUUCGCCGCUUAACGUCCGCUCCUGUCAAUGGUCAUGAAGCAUUGUCCGCUUACAUUCCAUAUAUAGAAGAAAAUGCAAUAGCUAUGUUGGAAAAAUGGACCACAAUGGGGAAGAUCGAGUUCUUAACUCAAGUGAGAAAACUUACCUUCAGAAUAAUCAUGUAUAUAUUUCUUAGCUCUGAGAGUGAGGUGGUCAUGGAGGCUUUAGAGAAGGAUUACACCACUCUUAAUUACGGAGUUAGAGCCAUGGCAAUCAAUCUUCCUGGAUUCGCUUACUAUAAGGCAUUGAAGGCCCGCAAAAGACUUGUCGCUGUAUUCCAAUCUAUAGUGAAUGAGCGUAGAAAUUUAAGGAAGAACGGUGCUCUUAACGCAAAGAAGAAAGACAUGAUGGACUCUCUAUUGGGUGUUGAAGAUGAAAAUGGUAGGAAAUUAACCGAUGAAGAAAUUAUAGAUGUAAUUUUGAUGUACUUGAAUGCAGGCCAUGAAUCUUCUGGCCAUAUCACGACAUGGGCUACUAUUUUCCUCCAGGAACAUCCAAAAUUUCUCCAAAAAGCUAAGGAAGAGCAAGAACAGAUUGUAAAAAGGAGGCUGCCAGCACAAAAAGGAUUGUCACUUAAGGAAGUUCGAGAAAUGGAUUAUCUUUCCAAGGUGAUUGAUGAAACACUUCGUUUGAUCACAUUCUCGCUUACCGUUUUCCGAGAAGCAAAAACAGAUUUCAGUAUAAAUGGAUACAUCAUUCCAAAAGGUUGGAAAGUUCUAGUUUGGUUCAGGACAGUUCAUUUGGAUCCAGAAAUCUAUCCAAAUCCAAAGGAAUUUAAUCCUUCAAGAUGGGAUGGACUUUCCUUCCUUUUGGAGCUGGAAGUAGGCUAUGCCCUGGAAAUGAUCUUGCCAAGCUUGAAAUAUCUAUUUUUUUGCAUUAUUUUCUUCUUGAUUAUAGGCUGGGACGUGAAAAUCCUGAAUGUCGGUGGAUGUUCCUCCCUCAUACAAGACCAACAGACAACUGUGUGGCUAGAAUCAAGAAAGUUUCAUCCACAUCUGUAUAAGAAGCAAGAGAAAGGGCAUGCAUUUAUAGAUGGAUACAUUUUUAGAAGUAAAGCGUUUUUUUGUACUCCAUUCCAUACAUAUAUAUUAAGAGGAAAUCUACAAAUGCUCAUAAUUCCACUCUUCAUGCACUCAUAGUUAUCUUUUUUUUUUCACUUAAUUUUUUUUGAAGUUUUUUCUAUCGAUUUAAUUC